AACAUGCUGCCCGGCUGUGGGGGAACACAUCCGCCGCUGUAACUUUGAUUUUUUUAUGAAGCUCGUCUGUAACAUCGCCGCUGAAUUACUGAAAUCCAGAGCAGCUCACAUUUCAGCCGCAGCUCGUCGACUCGGAGGAGAGAUGUGUAAAGAGCUCAAGACCAAAGUGCUGCGUUUAUUGCCACCGACCUCCAAUGGGCCGUGUGCUCCUCAGGAGAGCCGAACAGAUGAUGCUGAAAUCCUGAGCUGCACGGUGAAGGCCCUGAAGGAGGGGGACGUGGUCGCUGUGCCCACAGACACCAUCUACGGCCUGGCGUGUCUGGCCCAGAACUCCGGAGCCAUCAGAAAAACCUACGACAUGAAAGGACGAGACUCGCAGAAGCCGCUGGCCAUCUGUGUGGGAGAGAUUCAGGAGAUCUAUACUUACUGUAAGGUGCCGGUGAAGGAGGAGCUGUUAGGUGACCUGCUGCCCGGGCCCGUGACUCUAGUGUUCGAGCGAUCUGAAGCCCUGAACGCAGAUCUCAACCCCUUUACUUCGCUCGUAGGCGUACGCAUCCCAGACCACGCCUUCAUGAGACGCCUCUGCCAGAUGUGUGGGGAACCGCUCGCGCUCACCAGCGCCAACAUCAGCUCGCACACCAGCACCGUGGCCGUGCACGAGUUUCAGGAGCUCUGGCCCAAACUAGCAGUGGUGGUGGACGGAGGACCAAUAGGAGACCAGAGCCGCCUCGGAUCAACAGUGGUCGACCUAUCAGUGCUCGGGAAAUAUCGCAUCAUCAGACCGGGCUGCGCCCUUUCCUCCACGGUUGACGUGCUGGAGCACAAACACGGACUGUCAGAGGACUUGGGGGACCAAUGACCUUUGAACUCGCCACACUCCGCAACACACGCUGGGACGCGCACACAGCUUCGACCCGGGGCUUCCUCAGACAACAUGAAUCCUUUUCACGUCCACAUGGAAGAACGACUCCUUCCCGGGAAAGACUACGACUCAGGAGCAUCCAGAGCGUGAAGCCGCUGAUGGCCGAUAUUGUUCUGGUGGCUGCUUUAAGGUCGGGCGUAACUUUUUCUAUUGAUGGCCAUAUUUUUCUGCCUUACUGUGUGUCUACUAUUAUGGGAAUUUUAAACUAUAAAGCUAUAUAUCUUUUUGUAUUGUCAAAGCUGCGUGUCUUAACUGAGAAUACAGUGGUUUUUUCCUUUGACUUCAUAUUCAUAUGCAGUUCUGGGAAUAGCAUUGAAUAUAGAGCAAGUCUUUUGAGUCCAGAACUGUUUUCUUUUAUUAAAGUAUGAAUACUGUAUUUAUUUUAUCUGCAUGUCAGCUCAACAGUAUAAGAUCUGCAGUUCAGUUGGUCACCUGCUACAGUUACAAUAAUGCUGUUCAAUGUUGGAGCUUAAACUACAUUUACAGGAUGGAAAACACUGUAAUAUUUCAGAGUUGUGUUAGAACUGACUUGUAUUUGAAAACUGGAGCUUUUUUUAAAAAAACUCUCAUCACCACAUGUAAAGUCGUUUUGAUGGAUUGCACAACCUGGCACAGCCACAAUAAAGGUUUUUUUCUCUAU